GUGGUCUCGGUGGCAGCGGAUCCGGCCUUGGUUCAGGUUUGGGCAGCGGCUUCAGCAUCCCCAGCUUUCCUGCUGCCACUGGCGGUGCUGGUCUUGGAUCUGGUCUCGGGUCAGGUUUGGGCAGUGGACUCGGCUCUGGCCUCGGUGGCAUUGGUUCAGGUCUUGGUGGAUCAUCCGAUGUCCAAGUCACUGCAACUCCCACUGCUAGUAGUGCUGUGCCCACCAGCACUGGCUCUGCUGGAGGUAGCACUGGUGGAAACACUAAUAACGGCGCCAGCUGCGGAGGCAGUGGAGGAGGUAGCUCUGAGAACGGUGUCAAGGGUGGCAGCUGCUGCACUGACAUGACCGUCAUCUUUGCUCGUGGAACCGGAGAAUUGGGUAAUAUGGGUACCAUCUCCGGCCCACCUAUGGUCAAGGCUAUCAGGUCGAAGCUCGGUGCCGACAGGGUCACUGUCCAGGGUGUUGACUACGCGGCUUCUGCUGCUGGUAACGCCAAUCUGGGUGGUGACGGAGGAAAGGUGAUGGCUCAGUACGUCCAGCAGGCACUCAAGCAGUGCCCUGGCACCAAGGUCAUCGUCUCUGGCUACAGUCAGGGCGGUAUGGUCGUCCACAACGCUUUCUCCAACGGUGUCUCUGCAUCCAACGUCGCAGGUGCCGUCAUGUUCGGCGACCCAUUGAAGAGUCAGGCUCUCCCUGGUAUGUCCACCGACAAGGUCAAGCAGUUCUGCGGUACCUCCGACACCAUCUGCGGUGGAGGCGGUGAUGGUGGCGCCACUGGCAGUCAUCUCAGCUACGGCAGCGUUGCUGACUCUGCUGCUACAUUCGCCAUCCAGGCUGCUGGGCUU